UUUGAUCUGUUCUUCUUCCAACAACCUGCGAUCCUUCUGAUCUGAGUCCGAGGUACCAACUUCUUUCUCCUCUCCAACCUUCUCUUUCUCACUUAACCCAUCUUCCUUUUCACUUUUCCUCUUCUUCUUCUUCUACACGAGUUACCUGAUACUGAUAUAUCCUGUAUAGUAACCAAUUUAAGCAGAAAAGAAUCAUCUUUCAUUCAUGGACACGUCAGUUCCAUACUGAGAACAGAAAGGCACAACUAACUUUCCCAUACCCGACAAACUGAAUGUAACUACGAAUAGGCCAUUUAUGCAGUUAAUUAGACAAAGUUCAAAUUUUCCUACUCAUUUACUGCUAUUCUUAAGAAAAACCUCUCCUUUUUGUUUCUAUAAUAAAAAAGCUCUCGAUUCAGGUUUGUAUAUUACUUUUUUAAUGCUUUUAUUUAUCACAAUGGAAGAAGAUAUUAAAACAGUAGGAGUAAAGAGUAAAAUAAAAUGUUUUAAUUAUAAGUACUGCAAAGAAAACUUAAAUCAUCAGACAAAAUUAGUUUUGUAACUUUUAUAAUAAUCAUCUUAAAAUUAUAGACUAAUGCAUACUCGGAAAUUCUAUUUUUGUCGACGAAACAUUAUUUUAAUAUGGUUAGAAUUGAGGCCAAUUGUUAACCCCUUUAAUGGGGGCAUUACCCAAUUAAGAAUUGCUUACAGUGUAUAUCAGUAUUGCUUUAUCUUAUGUCACGACUCAUUUUUCUUUUGAGAAACACGUUAUGUAAUGAGCUUGCAUAGAGAAUCUCUCAAGAUAACUUCACUUGAAAGUAACCAACAUGGUGCAUGGUGUGUCACUCUAACUAAUCAUUCUGACUCAGUGAAUUAAACUGCUAUAACUAAUCUCUGUUCGUGUGUGGUAUUUUAUAUAUUAUAACACUAGAAAAAUUAAUCAAGCUUAAAACAAAUGAAAAGGUUUGUUGGGAAUCGUGUGUUUUAUACUAUUAACAUUGCUACAUAAAAUAAUAGAAUGUUUAAUUUUGAUUCACUGUUAGUAUAAGCUUUUUAUGCCAACCCUGUUGGUUUUUCGGUGGUUCUUUGUUAUGAAUUCUAUGUUUUUGUGGACGAUUGAGGAGGGACAACAAUUGUGUUCCAGAAAAUGAGUUCAAAAAGAGGUGGGAGAUCUUCCACUGUGGCAACCAAUGAUGGUUCUUCUUCCAAAGGAAAAAAUGCAUCGGAGUCUCUUCAAAAAAUUGAGCAAUUGACUCAUGAUGUUAACCUUCAGUCAGGAGAAGAUGAUGGUGAAUGGGUGGUAUAUUCAAGGAAAUCCAGGAAUAGAGCAAAAAGUAGUGCUGGAAAACCAUGGGGUCCUCCGGUUACAUGGUAUGAUGGAGGAGUUGGAAGGGCUUCUGGUUAUGCAACUGGAAAUCCUUGGGAGUCCCAAAAUGCUAACUUCAGGAGAACUGCAGAAGGAAAUUCAAGGACCCAGUUAAAUGCAAGUAAAUCUGAAAGCAGCAAUGUGAUUUCUAGCCCAUUAAUUCGACCUCCCUUGGAGCAUGGGUGGAAUUGGCAAUCUAGAACUGGUUCCAGGCAGCACCGGGGUGAUGAUAGCAUGGUAAAGGAUGAGAUUACAGAAGAAUCCCCAGUGAAGAAUGAUGGUGUUGAUGAAGAGGGAGAGGAGGGCUUUGAUGCAGUGGAAGAUACUGAUGACGAUCUAAUGAGUGAUGACUAUGAUUCUGAUACUAGUCAAAAGAGCCAUGAGACUCGUAAGAAGAGCAAAUGGUUUAAGGUUAUCUUUGAGAAUUUUGAUAACCUACCAAUUGAUAAGAUUAACGAACCAGAAAGACAGUGGCACUGUCCGGCUUGUCGAGGCGGUCCUGGUGCCAUUGAUUGGUACAGAGGGCUUCAGCCUCUGAUUACUCAUGCCAAAACAAAAGGGUCAAAAAGGGUGAAGAUCCACAGGGAGUUUGCUGAGCUUUUGGAUGAGGAAUUGCUCAGAAGAGGUACUGCAGUAAUUCCAGCAGGGGAAGUGUUUGGUAAGUGGAAAGGCUUGAAAGAUGAGGAGAAAGAUCAUGAAAUCGUUUGGCCUCCAAUGGUUGUCAUUCAAAACACAAGGCUCGAACAGGAUGAAAAUGACAAGUGGCUAGUUAUGGGAAACCAAGAGCUUCUUAAUUAUUUUAGCACAUAUGAUGCUGUGAAAGCUCGACACUCUUAUGGCCCCCAUGGUCAUCGAGGGUUGAGUGUUUUGAUAUUUGAAGCCUCAGCUAUAGGUUAUCUUGAGGCUGAGCGUCUUCACAAACACUUUGCAGAACAAGGAACUGACAGAGAUGCUUGGUUUAGCCACCACCGUAGAUUAUUCCUCCCUGGUGGCCGGAGACAGCUCUAUGGCUACAUGGCAAUAAAAGAAGACCUAGACAUUUUCAACAGACACUGCCAAGGUAAAUCUAGGAUGAAAUAUGACAUGAGAUCAUACCAGGAGAUGGUCGUAAACCAACUUCGGCAAAUGAGUGAGGACAACCAGCUACUUGUUUAUUUGAAUGACAGGGAUGUCAGAAAACAAAAACAAACAAAAGCUCUUGAAGAAUCCUUGGAUAUAGUGACUGAGAAGCUGCGAAGGACAAUGGAGGAAAAUCGCAUAGUGAGGUUGAGAACUAAAAUGCAAGACGAAGAGAACAAGGAAGAGAUGUACAUGCAAGAACAAUUUUUCAAGGAGCAGAUCAGAAUCAUUCACGAUUCAAGGGCUGCAAAGGAAGAAGAGUUUGAGAGGAUGCAGCAGGAGAAACGUGAGAAGCUGAAGCCAUUAAGUUGUAGCCCUUUGGAUGAUAGGGUUGAUGAAUAUCUAAAAUUUGUUGAGUUUCAAGAUAAAUAAAUGGAAAAUUUUGUUGCUGAAGAGGAGAAACUGCAAAAAGCUCAUAAAUAGAGUGUUGCUGCAAUCAUAAGGAGGCAUUGGGAGGAAAAGGUGCAGUUGGAGGAAAGUUUUAAUGAGGGACUAUCUAAGCUCAUGGAAAAGUAUUCAUUUUCUCACCAAGAAACCAAGUUCAAUGGUAUCUGAUGAUAGGUGUUGCACAUUGCAGAAAAAAAAAAGAUAAAUACAGAAAAGUUAACAAAAGAUAAAUGGUUACAGAGAUUGUUCUGAGUUGAAGAAGGAAGAGCCAUAAAUAAGAAACUUAGUUCUUGAAGAUAAGGAUAUGCCUGGAGACAGAGAGCUCUCUAAAUACAAAUGACAUGCAUAUUCUCUGUUCUUUGUUUCUGAUUUUCAAUGUCUUAUUUAAAUUUUCUCUAACACAGAACACACUCAGGUCA